UGAGAGUAUCAGUCGACACCCACAGUCUUUUUUGGCGUCGCCCUUCCCACUCAACAUAUAAGAAGCCAAUCACAACCCGACCCAAUCCCAACACAACUCUUCAUCAACUGUUCUGGGUUUAGGUCGUGUUGGGGUGGGUGGGAACUUGGAGGCUUAACCUUUCCCGGCCUUCCGGAGGAUUUAAAUUCCACAUGUUUUAAUUGAAAGCUCAUCCUGACCCGCCAACUUGACUGCCACUCAGUUUGUAACCCGGAUGUCGCAAGCAAUCCUACCGAGUCAAGAAGUUGACCUCGAGAAGGACUCUACCGAUAUCUGUACUAGAGCCUCUGGAGAGGACUCCGAUGUUCUGGAUGAAAACGUCCUCGCCCGAACGACCGAAGCCAAUGCAUUGACAAAGCUACUAACGACUUGGGGCGUCGAGACUAGAGGCAUCCACCCUGUACCAGAACACAAAAGGACUGAUACCCAAUACCACAAGAUAUUCUUCCUUUGGUGUGCAUUCAAUCUGAACAUACUGUCAUUCUCUGCUGGAACGCUGGGCCCGAUGGUGUUUGGGUUAGGAGUAAGAACGUCGUGUCUGGUCAUUUUGUUCUUCACAUUGCUUUGCUCGCUGCCCACGGCAUAUUUAGCUACUUGGGGACCUCGACUUGGUUUAAGACAGAUGGUUCAAGCUCGUUAUAGUUUUGGUUAUUACGGCGUUAUGGUGCCGUGUAUACUCAAUCUGGUCAAUCUGUUCGGUUUCUGUAUACUGAAUUGCAUACUCGGAGGACAAACGCUAGCAAGCGUGGCGGAUGGCCAUCUUAGUUGGUCGGUUGGGAUUGUUAUCGUCGCGAUCAUUUCGCUUUUUGUUUCCUUUUGCGGCUACAACGUCCUGAACUGGUACGAACGAUUGGCAUGGUUCCCUGUCUUGAUUGUCUAUCUUGUCGCGUUGGGGGUAAGCGGAAAACACCUUUACGACGUUCCUCCAACCCAACCAAUCACGCCUGCGGGAGUUCUUUCAUUCGCCUCUGUUGUAGCGGGGUUCGCUAUCAGUUAUUCACCCUUGGCCUCGGACUUUACAAACUAUUAUCGACCGGAUGCUCCCAGCUGGAGGAUCUUCUCUUAUACAUACUUUGGUUCGACGAUUCCGGUUAUAACAUUACAAUGUUUGGGUGCCGCUGUGGCAGCAACGGCCCCAUCCAUUCCCUCUUGGGAGGCGCAUUCAGGAACUGUUGGUGACCUUGUGUUAGCCAUGCUCGGCCCUGUCGGAAAUUUUGGAAAAUUUUUGACGGUCCUACUCGCCCUUUCUGUGACUGCAAGCAUCGCCACGAGUAUCUAUAGCAUUUCACUCAAUGUGCAAGUCUUCGUGCCCAAGUUAUUGGUAGUUCCACGAUACGUCUUUUCAAUCGUUGCCACUGCAAUUGUGUUACCGGUGUCUAUCGCAGGGUCACACCGAUUUUAUGAGACACUUACGAAUUUUCUGAGUCUUAUCGGGUACUGGGCAUCCGCCUUCGUUGUUAUCGUGCUUUUGGAACACGUCUUAUUUCGACGUUGCGAUUUCUCAAAGUACGAUCUCAAAGUAUGGAAUGUCCCGCAACUCUUACCGUCAGGAGUGGCUGCGAUUGCCGCUGCGGUCCUUUCGAUGGCUUUGGUAAUACCUUGCAUGGAUCAAAUUUGGUUUGUGGGACCAAUUGCAGAACGGGGAGCCGGAGAUAUUGGUUUCGAAGUCGCAUUCGCCCUCACUGGAUUGUUGUACAUACCAUUCCGGGCGUUCGAGAUUAGGAUAAGGGGAAGACUCUGA